GCGGCAGAGGCGCGGCGAGGCGGGCGGCGAGCGGCGAGCGGCGGCGCUGCUGCUGCUGCUCCUCCUCCUCCUCCUCCUCCUCUCCCGGCGGCGGAGCGGCGGCGGCGGCAGCGCGGAGCGGAGCGGAGCGCGCUCCCUGCGCGGCGCGGCGCGGCGGCGGCCAGCAAAAUGAUGGUCCAACACUCAGGCCAGGUAUCUGCAUUAGAAGUCAGCGCCUCCGCAAUUGUUCCCACUUUGUCCCCUGCAGGGUCACUGGGGUUUGAUGAUUUCUCAAAUUUAACCCCUCUGGUGAAAGAGGAACUGAGAUUCGCCAUUCAGAACAAGCGUCAGUCCCACAGAAUGUCUUCCACACUGGACACAGUGACUGUUUCUGAAAGGCCAGUUGAAACGUCAAUCAUGAAAACAGAGUUUACUCCUGAAGAGGAUGAAAGAAAAAAACGGAGACGGGAAAGGAACAAAAUUGCUGCUGCAAAGUGCCGAAACAAAAAGAAGGAAAAAACAGAAUGUUUGCAGAAAGAAUCAGAAAAGCUGGAAACUAUCAAUGCAGAAUUAAAAGCCCAGAUUGAAGAACUAAAGAAUGAGAAGCAGCACUUGAUAUACAUGCUAAAUCUUCACAGGCCCACUUGUAUAGUCCGGGCACAAAACGGAAGGACACCUGAAGAUGAAAGGAAUCUCUUUAUUCAACAGAUCAAAGAAGGAACAUUACAAGGCUAAGUGAUACGGCAAACAUGGAAAUAUUUAUAGUAUAUUUUUAACAGCUACAAGAAUCCAUGGAGGAUCUGACUUAACGUAGGAUUCUAUUAGUCAAGAGCCUUUAGGAAGGGCAGAUUGCUUUCUUAAGCAGAAAGAAUCAUUUUGGCCUGACAGCGAUUCUUCCCCUUGGAAGAUCUGGUCUCAAUCAAAUCGGAGCGUCUUCUGCCUCAAAUAUAGGGUUUGCACCUGUCGUACUUGCUGUUCCUAGGAGCUACAGACAACAGCUUCAGAAGUGUUAGCUCUCUGCUAGUAUACAGUAUCUGCACUCACGACGUUUGUGCUAGAACACUAUGACUUGCAAUGAUGCAUGUGGUACAGACAGCUGUGCUGGAUGGACACUACCUUUCCUUAUUGCUGGAGGGGAAAGCAGACAGUAUUUUUUUUUUCCAGGUUUUGAAGUUUCCAGGAGGAUGUUUUCUGGCGGAAUGUACUGAUAUGUAAUACUGCAUUCUAACCAAACACACACACACACACACACACACACACACACACACACACACACAAACCUUUAGUUCCAACCAAGCUUUGUAAUAUUUUUUUUCACAACACUUGUGUGGGUUUUUUCUGUGACUCAUCUCAGAGACUGAAUUUGAAAAGUCUGGUAGGUGUGACAAAGAAGUGUUUCUUGCAACACAACCAUGUGGCUAAGUUUGUGCUUUAUGAGCUGGAACCCCACCUACUAUCCUUUGGGGACUAUAAUUUUUCCUUGAGUUGCUGCAGAGCAUUUUGUACCACCACUCGGUGACUGGGUGAAUUGGACCCUUAGGAGAGAGGAAACUAACUAUGAAGGGAUUUUGAUAAGGAUUUUGCCUGAGUAAAGAAUUGCAGAACUGAAUCCCAGGCUUGUGAAUCAUGCAAAAUACAACUUAAAAAAAGAGAAAAGACAUUUUAAUCUAGGAUCUGAUCCUGCAAGCUUUAAUUUGUGCUUCGAAGCCUCAUUCAGAGAAGAGGUUCAAUGGACUUCAGUAGGUCUGGUUAUACAGAUAGCUCUUACAAACAUAAGGGCAUGACAAAGCCCUGUCCAUCCUUGUCAGGAUUACUUCCUAUUGCCUGAUGAUUCAGAAGGGAAAAAUGUGAUUGCAGUUACUUUAUUUUACAUUUGAGUGGUGACUACAGUCAAUCAGAAGUGUUAUUUAGAAUCUGAAGGAGGCAAGAGUUUUGGUGUAGUGAAUAAGUGUUUUUAUUAAGUACUAACCUUAGAUGUUUCUGAACUGGUAGAAGAGCUGCUGGAGAAAACAGUUGGAGCUAUGAGUGUUUAAAUUCUGAUGUUUCUGUGAAAUUCUCAGAUUGUUUAAUCCUAUAAAAUAUAUCAUUACAAUUUUCUGUAAAAGAAAAUAUCCUUAUUUAUCACUAAUAUCCUAAUGAGUAAAGUUAAUAAAUACUACAAGCAAGAUAAAACUGAAAACACAAGUGUUGUGCUGUUUUUUUGCUUUUAUCUCUUGGUGUUUAAUAUUAUAUAUUCCUAAACUUCAACAGUUGUAUUUGAGACACCACUAUUUAAAACCUUUAUCCUGCCUCUUUUCCUCAGAUGAGGUACUGAGUAUCUUGAGUGAUUGGAUGCAGAGAUUAUACCUUCCAAAAUUUUAUAUCUUGAUCAGUGGUGUGUGGCUGCUCAAUGUCACAAUUUAAGUGAAGCAGACGAUAAGAAUGGAGCUUACUGUACAUAAUAUUUUACACCAGUUAAACAGUGUUGAAAUUGUUUUUAUUCUAAAGGCUAAACUUAAGGAUACCUCAGCCAUAAGCUUCUUACUUUGCAAGUCCCGGUUGAGUAUAUCAGAUAUCAUACCUGAUCCUUACACGAUCUUUAUAUUCUGCAACAGAACUUCUUAAUUUUCCUAAGAUCUGGAUAUAUUGUAAUGUCCUACAAAUGAUGUGAUGUUUAAAAGAUAUGUGCUUCAUGUAUUUGAAAAGUGAAUGUAUUAAAAGGCAACAUAUUAGGUCUGAUUCUGUCCUGAAAAUCCACUUUCUGAAUGUUGGAAGUAGCUUCCCUUGACUUCAAUGAGAGUUUUAUUAAAAAAAAAAUCCUGUAGGCUGAGUUUGGAGCCUCUGCUGCAACCACUGGCUCAGAGGGAGUGACAUGGGGAAUCAGUGGGGCCAGCUGUUUGUCAGACAACGGGUGUACGUGAAGCGUGUUACAAUAGCCUCGUCCAACAAACGUUCAUUGGCAUUUGAUUUCUGUCAUACAGAAGUACCAAACCGAGGCAUCAUCACAUUAUCAUACUCCUUGGCUUUGCCCUUUGUGUAUCAAAUGCCAACAGACAAGAGAGUUUGUCUCCUAUGCUGUUGUAAAGUGUUACUGCAGAGACUAGAGUAUAAUCACGGAAUUCGUGUCUCUCCUCUAGGGAAUUUGUAUGGUUGCUUUUAACCAUAUCACUGCUGACGCAGGCGUCAUGCUUUUGUUGCUCGAUGUUAUUUACUUAGCAUGCCAAAUGUUAAUAUGGUAUCACUACUAUUGUCAGAAGAUAAUUAUUUUUAUUUCUUUAUAUGCGCAGUCAUAGCUGCUUUUUUACUGUGUGUAUGUGUGUGUGCAUGCGUGCACCUGCACGCUAAUCUAGAAACGAUGGUACUGAAGUUAAUUUGACUGUGCCCAAGAGAAGAGUGUUUAAAAAGCUAGAAAGGAGCAGUAUGUUGCAUGAUUUUCUAAAACUAUACUUUAUUCAGGAGAACCUCUAAAAUGCAUUAAAAGCAAUUUGUUUUCUAUUCUCAUUUGUUUUGAUACUUUAAUAAAAAUAAUUAAUAUAUAUUUA